ACUCACACCAGCAUUUGGACAUGAAAUGCAUGUCCGAGCGCGCUCUCCGAUGGAACUCCAUUCCCACCAUUGAGCGACAUGUUGUCUGCCGCUCCAACGAAUAUUGCAACCCGAGAUGCGCUACUUUCAGAACUGAUUGUGCAGGUUACAGGUUUUCAGGUGGACUCUGAGAGCUUUUUAAAAUGUCGCCGGUUGGCCAAGAAACAGAUAAAAGUCCACAGAUGGCAAACCACCAAUGAGCAUGAAGUUAUUCGUCAAUAUGGGGGGCUUGUUGAGAAGUUUGCUGUGUACAGCCAAGACACUAAAGCGGACACUCUACGAAAGAGUCUCAAUAGUCUACUCAGUUUGCGUCCUAGUUAUCACUUUUUGAUUCACGACAUGCUUCGUCUUUUCCUCAGUCUUUCUGAAGCUCCCUUGCGCAAUAUCUACCACCCAUGUAUCGGAUCUAUGGAUGCUGAAAGCUCCUUAACAUGGGAAGAUAUUACAGCUGAGGAACCAUUGACGGGAUCACAUUGGGAGGACGCAACUGAUGAGGUCGACUCGGAUGACGGGUAUUCAAGCGACGAAAGCACGAAAGUUUGUGAUAGUGCAGUUACCUUGAAAGAACCCGUUGCGGACAGACAACCGCGGCGACAGAAACAUCGAAAUCCGGAUUUGCUGUCGAACCCCAAUGAAUCGUCACAAAAGGAACUGGAGCGGCGGCAGUAUUGGACACGUGAAAAAGGAUCUUAUUCAUUGUUCGCAGAGGACAUAAGUUUCGAUCACCAAGAUCCCUGCUCUUUAGCCCCCAGCCUGGCGUCUCAUCAACAGAGGGAUCCGCGCUUCUUUUAUCGCCCUGCGGCCAGCACAGUCUAUACGAAAGAGGUUGACUUCGUACGAGAGUGUCUGUUUCUGCUUUCCGGCUUUGCCACCGCAGUGUUUCGCAGUCGUUCAGAUGGUAGCUUUGAGCCUGUCACGGAUGUAACCCUGAAGCAUCUGAGUGAAGGUGCUCUCCACGACCUUUUACAAUGGUUUGCUGAUCGCGGAACUGCGGUGCAACGCGUUCGAUCUUUCGCUGAAAGUGUAUGCCAAAGUGAACAGAUAGCCUACCCACUUACCGUGCAGGCAUUCGCAUCUGGUCUGCUUUCCAUCGUACGAGAUUUUGACGCAACUAUCACGAAAGAGGAAAAACGCUUCCAGGAGUAUGCGCGGAAGAUGCCAAAAUCUGGACAGCAGGAGGUCACGUCUUUGAUGGCACUAGGCUCUCGGCUUUCUGGCAAGUUGGACAUCUUGGAUGAUCUCAGCCUGAUGCUGGAGGCGCUUGAGAUAGAGAAAAAUGAGCCGUAUCGCGACAAUGCUACCUGGACGACGCAAAUACUUUCCGCACAAUGCACCAGUAUUAGACAUUAUGAGCAUACCUGUCAGCCCGUGAAAGUCUCGGUGUUCGUGGAACUGUUCCUUCGUACGAUGAAACCAUAUAUGGACACCAUUCAAAAUUGGAUGGACACUGGUAAACUUGAUGAUCCACAAGAAGAAUUCUUUGUUGCUAGCAGUAAUCCCAAUGCGACUGGAGAUGAAUGGCAGUCACGGUACAUUCUCCGAGAAUCAGUGACUCCCAAUUUUCUCACCCACGUGAAUGCUGCAAUCUAUGUGUGUGGGAAAAGCUUGAAUGUGAUUGAACAGCUCGAUGCUUCGCAGGUGUUCCCCGAACUUUCGCGGAAUGGCGAGUCGCUGUACGAGGCGACUGUGGCAUCCUUUAUCGAAGGCAUGGGGAUGAAUCGCAAAAUGAAAAAGAGAAAUGAACAACAACCAUCUUCUCAGUACCCGUCUAAGAGCACGGGUACUGGGAGCGAAAUUGAGCAGAUGUUUCCCAAGUGCUUCAGAGCCUUGAUUUCCGUUGGCAUUGAUCAAAUGGAUGCAGAGGACGCAACUAUCGGGGUUCAGUUUGAGCAGCAGCAUCUUUGGCAAUCCAUUGACGAGUGUUUCCGCGGCGCCAUUCGUCGACAUGUUCUUGCUCAAAAGGCCUCUGUCGGACGUCACCUCACGAGUAUCCUCUUCCGGAAAUGCGAAUUGAAUGACCAUCUGAAAUCUCUGCAAGCAGUUUAUUUUAUGACAGCUGGUGCUGUCAUGCAUCCUUUCUGUUUGAAACUCUUUGAGAAGGUUGAGUCCCGCGAACUAUGUUACGAGCCCCAUGCACUAAAUGCCGCGUUUGCGGAGUGUUUGGCAAGCAAUGCUGGAACCGAAUUGAACCAUCUUGAUGCGCGGUGUUUUGAUAUACGUCUGCUGAAUGUGGAAGGCCGUGCGGCCAAAUCAAGCAGCAGGGAACUUUUGGACGCCAUUAACAUACAUUAUCAGACUCCGUUCCCCUUAAAUAUUAUCGUGACACCCGCGACUAUCGCAAUCUACAAUCGAAUCGCGCGUAUCUUGCUGGCGAUCAAAUAUGCACGCCACUGUCUGGACACCGACGAUUGGCGUGGUAGAAAGGCUACAGGAACGUCGAACCUACUUUUAGCUAGGCAACGGUCGGCAGUGAAGGCCAGGUUGAUGCACUUUGUCGCCAAUUUGCAUGCAUUUUUCCUUAGUGCUGUUAUUCAUGCCGAAUCUAAAACAUUUAUGGAGGGAAUCAAGUCUGCACAGGGCAUGGAUGAUCUGAUCUUGAUGCACGAUACUUUUGUCUGCGCCGUGCGGGACAGAUGUCUCCUGAACGAAAAGGCUUCCAAAAUAUGGAAACAGAUGUCAGCACCUCUCGAGCUUAGCGUUGAGUAUGCAUCCUUGUGCAAAAAAUAUGACCCAAGUGCGGACCAAACAAGAAGCAGUGACUACCUGAGAGAUGUUGGAGUGCAAUCAAAUGAGAGAGACAAACAAUUUGCAAAAGACCUGAAGCAACUGGCUAGACGAGUGGAAGAAUCAGUGAACUUUGUGAAAAAGGCUCUUGAGGGUUUGGCCAGUCAUGGAGUGCAACAUUUGGAAGCACUGGCGGCUUCUCUGGCUUGAGUCAGUCGACUCUAAUUAUUUGUUGUAAAUAGCUGUAGAAUAAUGAAUGUAUAUAUGGAUGUAGCAUAUUAAUUGAUGAUGUGAUACGAAAUUGUGAAUAUUGAAGAUACGAAAUGCUCAAAAC